AUGUAUUCUAACAACACAUUUGUUCAUCACCCAGACACCGAGAAGAGAAGCCACCCAGCCACUAAAACAAAGAGCAGAGGCCUGCCCACAGACAGGGACAAGGGGAAGGGGAAGGGUGCUGCCUUCGUAGCCAACGGUAGGCUGGUACCAGCCCUGUCACCUCAGAGGAAAGAUGGAGGUUCUGGUCCAGAUACCUUUGGUGAAACGUCAUCUGAAAGCUACAGCUCUCCAUCCAGCCCUCAACACAGAGGACCAGAGAGCAUGGAUAGUGAGGACGACAACAACAAAGAUACAGACAGCCACUCUGAUGACUCCAGCAAAGGUCCGGGCCCUGACAUGUUCUUCGCUCACCAGACUGGUCCAGCUGCGGUGGGAGAGGUCUCCUCUGUCCACCCUCUGUCUUCCAAGAACCACCAGGCCCAGCUGGAGCCGCUCUGCCCGGAGACCGGCUCAGAUUUCCCCCCUCUCUCCUUCAUGCACCCUCUGCCCUAUGUGCUCCCCAACGGGGCCGCUGACUCUCCACUUCCACUGGUCCCUCCUCCCAGCCAAAGCAUCGUCCCCAAUGUGAAGCCCUCCUCCGGGACUCUGAUGAUGCAGAUGCCCCUAGUGCCUCCAGCUGUCCCAGGUCCUGGACUUGUGGGAGAACCAGAGAAGAGGGACAUGCUCCCAACCUUUGGGAUUCCACCUAUCGGCCUCCACCCUCCAGGAAGUCCUGCUGUGCAGCCUCUGGUUCAGAGAUUCAAAACAGCUUUGUCUCACAGCCAGGGUGGCACUGAUGGAGCUUCAGGGAGCGGUUCUACCCCCGCCUCCCCGCAGGCUUCCCACCAGGUUCCUGUCAGAGCCAUCAGUGUCAUGUCUCCUGGCUCCACAUCCUUCUCCUCUCCUCUUCAUCAGUCUCUGCCCUGCCAAGACCCAGCCAAUGUCAGCUCAGGCCUGGCCCCCUCCCUGCCACAUGUGGAGACUUCACAUGCCAAGCACCCCAGCUUAACCUUACCGUCUGGCCUGCCUUCUCCCUACACCCUGCCCCCUGUCCCCACCUCCGCCAUGCCUGCUGUAGGAGCGCCUGCGGCCACUGGAGUAGCUCCGUCUCCUGGACAUGUACAAGCAGCUGUUCCUCCAGCUGUGCCCACCCACACCCCUGGACCCGCCCCCAGCCCCAGCCCAGCACUUACUCACAGCACGGCACACAGCGACUGUACAGCGUACAGCAACAGCAGUGCUUCGUGUGGAAGUGCUCCUGUUAACCCCAUUACCCUUCAGCAAACCCAGCAGCAACAGUUGCCCCCCCAGCAGCCGACACCACCGCAACAACAACAACAGCAGCAGCAGCAGCAACCGAUGGGCUGCGGGACCUGUGGUUGCCACAACAACUGCGGCAGCCGAGGCGGCGUCACUAACAACAACAGCGUGAGCGGUGCCUCCGGCUGCCAAACGCCCUUAUACUUCCCUGCCCACCAGAUGGCAGCAGCGCGGCAGAUGUUCAGCGUUCCGCCGCACAUCUUCCAGCUCACAAGCCUGUGCAGCAACAGUUACCUCACCCAGGCCCAGCCUCCCCACCAGGCCAACGGCGCUGCCACCCUGUCCCCCUUCUUCCCCACCGCUCCCCCUCCCGCACACCCGCCGCCCUACGGCCCCCUUCACACU